UUUGUGGUCAGGUCAAGCAGGAUUUGGUGUUUGUCAUCGAUUCCUCUGGCAGUGUCAGGAGAGACAACUUCAACAGAAUCAAAAACUUUCUCGCCGACCUGCUCGACCCAUUUCCUGUGGGAGCAGACGAGAUUCGCAUUGGUCUGGUACGUUACUCCAGUCACGUGCAAGUCGUUUCCCGCCUCAACCAAAACAUGGACAAGCAGGACAAGGUUCGAAUCUUCCGAGGGAUGGAUUACAAACCAGGCAGUACAAGGACCGACCUUGGCCUUCAGACAGCGAGGACAGAAAUUCUCGUGCCGGCCAACGGAGACCGGCCGGAAGUUCCGGACACGAUCGUCCUGGUCACAGAUGGCACCUCGGACAACCGGGACUUGACGGUCAUUGAGACUGGACUGCUCAAGGCCAACCCCGGGCUAAAGAUCCUUGUCGUUGGAGUGGGGAAAGACGUGAACAACGACGAGCUGUUGUAUAUCGCUUCAAGGCCGGACCUCAAGUUCAAGGUCGACAACUUCAAAGAUCUAACCAGUAUCGUCCAGGAGUUAUUCACGGUCACAUGCAGAGAGGCCAGCCUGACAACGACGGAACAGCCAACGUCUGACAGCACGGCGGCCCCCAGAAGCCACAAGUCGCAGCCUACAAGAAAACCCGGAACACGGAAAUAUGCAACAACCACGGAACCCGGGGCACGGAAUUAUCCAACAUUCACGGACAGCAGCUCCGGUAAAACAGCAAAACAGCCUCGCUCUACCCGCCCCGCUCCAAUCAGGACUACGGGCAGCGUGACGUCAGUCGUCACAACGUCUGACCAGACAAGUUCGACAGACAUACGUCACAGAUCUAGCGGCCCAACCCAGGAGCUGGCUAACAUUCUCAGUGACACGACCACAUCCAGUGACGUCAGCACAUCCAGUGACGUCAGCACAUCCAGUGACGUCAGCACAUCCAGUGACGUCAGCACAUCCAGUGACGUCAGCACAUCCAGUGACGUUGGUCCAACAAACUCGACAACAUCUUUGAGCCAAUCACAUACCUCAUCACCGUAUAGCACACUACAUCUCAGUGCCUCAUUGUUAGCACAUACUGAAAUAAACACACCUGCACACACCCACACAGACACACCUGCACCCACCCACACAGACACACCUGCACUCACCCACACAGACACACCUGUACACACCCACACAGACACACCUGACACAGACACACCUGUACACACCCACACAGACACACCUGCACACACCCACACAGACACACCUGACACAGACACAUCUGCACACACCCACACAGACACACCUGCACACACCCACACAGACACACCUGCACACACCCACACAGACACACCUGCACCCACCCACACAGACACACCUGCACACACCCACACAGACACACCUGACACAGACACACCUGCACACACCCACACAGACACACCUGCACCCACCCACACAGACACACCUGCACACACCCACACAGACACACCUGCACACACCCACACAGACACACCUGCACACACCCACACAGGCAGAGCGCCACAGUUCUACCACGUAGUCACAAGAAAUGUUUCCACAAGUUUGGUCAAAGAUUUUGUACAUGCACCUACACCAUCCAUACCAUCCCCCACCCCACCUACACCAUCCAUACCAUCCCCCACCCCACCGCCAUCUUCACUAUUUACUUUACUCUCUACACAAUCAAUGACCAAAAAUGUCUCUUUCAUUUCCACUGGACGGUUUAUAAAACCCUCUAGAUCUUCGCCGGCUUCCACACCAUCAACUACAUCAGCCACACCAUCAACUACAUCAGCCACAUCAACAAGAUCAGCCACACCAUCAACUACAUCAGCCACACCAUCAACUACAUCAGCCACACCAUCAACUACAUCAGCCACACCAUCAACAAGAUCAGCCACACCAUCAACUACAUCAGCCACACCAUCAACUACAUCAGCCACACCAUCAACUACAUCAGCCACACCAUCAACUACAUCAGCCACACCAUCAACUACAUCAGCCACACCAUCAACAAGAUCAGCCACACCAUCAACUACAUCAGCCACACCAUCAACAAGAUCAGCCACACCAUCAACUACAUCAGCCACAUCAACAAGAUCAGCCACACAAUCAACAACAUCAGCCACAUCAUCAUCCAGCAUGACGUCACCCCACAACGUCACAGCCUCCCCCAGCAUGACGUCACUCCACAACGUCACAGCCUCCCCCAGUAUGACGUCACUCCACAACGUCACAGCCUCCCCCAGUAUGACGUCACUCCACAACGUCACAGCCUUCCCCAGCAUGACGUCACUCCACAACGUCACAGCCUCCCCUAGCAUGACGUCACCCCACAACGUCACAGCCUCCCCCACGACCGGCCAGGGGCGUGUCUCGACCGUCAAGCUGUACACCUAUCUGGGUGCCGGCACCGUGUCCCUGAUUCUCCUGACGGUGGGCGGCACCACGCUGAUCAUCGUCAUCAGACGUCGCCUGACCCAGCACAAGGAGCGAUGUCAAGAACAGUAA